AUGCGGUUCUCCGGCGGCUCUGGAUCUCCGCUCCGCUCUCUGCUCCUCAUGUGCUUCUGGCCCGCGGCUGCGGCCGGACCCGCCGCUCCGGAUCAUCCCGGCGUCUGUCCGAAUCACAUCAACCUGAACCUGUGGGUGGACGCGCAGAGCACCUGUGAGAGGGAAUGCCAGACUGACCAGGAUUGCGCCGCCUUUGAGAAGUGCUGUACUAACGUGUGCGGCCUGCUGAGCUGCGUGGCGUCCCGUUUCUCUGACGGCGAUGACGGCCAGUCGGGGGCGGGUGUUCCGGCAGGAGGCGUGGCCAGCUGCGACGAGUUCGUGUGCAGCCAGCAGGGGGCGGUGUGCGACGUGUGGGAGGGGCAGCCGGUAUGCAAAUGUCAGGACCGCUGCGAGAGCGAACCCAGCUUCACGUGUGCCUCCGACGGCCUCACGUAUUUCAACCGCUGCUACAUGGACGCGGAGGCCUGCAUUCAGGGCGUCGCGCUCGCCGUGGUCACCUGCCGUUAUCACCUGUCCGGGCCGAACGCCAGCCCCCUGCCGCAGGACACCACGGCUCAACCCACAUCCACCGCUGACGACAUCGAGCCCUUUCCACCCACCCUCUACUCCAACCCACAGCACCAGGUCAUUUACCUGGGCGGAACGGCCAGCUUUCACUGCGACGUGAUUGGCCAACCGAAGCCCGACGUCACCUGGGAGAAGCAGUCUGAGGUGCAUGAGCGGAUCGUCAUGCGGCCGGACCAGAUGUAUGGGAACGUCGUCAUAACCAACAUCGGCCAGCUGGUGGUGUAUAACGCCCAGAUGUGGGACACCGGAAUCUACACCUGCGUCGCGCGGAACUCUGCCGGCGCGCUGCGAGCCGAUUACCCGCUUUCCGUCGUCAGACGUGACAAUGAGGACUUCUUCGACGACGCUGAGGCAGGCUUGCCGUUGGGACGCCCGUUCUCGCCGGCCGACUGCUUGGCGCCCGUGGAGCGGGGCGAGUGCAGCGAGAAGCGAGUAGACUGGUUCUACGACGCGGCCCGGGGUUCCUGCCACGCGUUUGCGCACGGAGGCUGCGAGGGCGGCCGCAACCGCUUCGAGACGUACGAGGAGUGCCGGGCAUCGUGUCAGCGCGAGGGGCUGGGCGUGUGCUCGCUGCCGGCCGUUCAGGGACCCUGUAAGCACUGGGAGGCUCGCUGGGCCUACAACGGCCUCAUGAAGCAGUGCAUGGCGUUCGUUUACGGCGGCUGCCACGGAAACAAGAACAACUUUCGCACGCGGAAAGAAUGCGAAGCCAGCUGCCCGCAGCCAAAGCGGCGUCCGUGUAAAAACUGCCGGCCGAGAGGAAAGAUGGUGGCGAGUCUUUGCCGCAGCGACUUUGCCAUCGUCGGACGGCUCACCGAACUAAUCGAGGAGCUGGACUCGGGAAUCGCUCGAUUCCAUCUGCAGCAGGUCCUGCGUGAUGAGAAGAUGGGCCUGCAGCUCUUUAAUACGCAACACCUGGAGGUGCUGCUGACGCGUAUGGACUGGAGCUGCCCCUGCCCCAAUAUCACACAGCACCACCAGCUCCCCCUGCUGGUCAUGGGCGAGGUGCAGGACGGCACGGCCGUGAUUCUCCCCGACAGUUACGUCAGACCCAUAUCUGAUCGACGCCUGAAGAAGAUCCACGAGGUUCUGGACAAGAAGACUUGUGAGAUGCUGCAGAGAUUCCAGAACUGAUUUUACACGGAUCUGGAGGUGUAGCAUGAUC